ACUGACCUUUCCGACGUCCUAUAUUGUUAUAGGAACACAAGAUUUUAUUAUUCAAAAGGAAAAGUGUUAUUGUCAUAUAUAUGAACUAAUGUGUGAUUCAGCUAUCACUUCCCAAAGUCCUGUAUAACAAUGUUUAGGAUAAAAAAAGUCCAGCUAAUCAGACUACACACCUUACCAAGCCUCGUUAUCAUGAGGUUCGAUUAAAAGAUUCACCGUCGGAUAAAUAAUUGGACCGAACAAUGCGAAUGAUAUGCGCUACUCCAUUGGAAAUUAUGGCCCAACCCCCAGAAAACGUUUGCAGAUUGCGCUAACACUUUUGAAAUUGUUGGCCAUUUACUUGACUUCGUAUCGUAUAGAAAUUAUACCAACGAAAUUGUAGCAAAACUUGCGUUAGAAAAUUCAAGAAAAUAUGCCACCACGCAGUUCAUAGUCUAUAUAACACCACCUUCUAAUACACUUUUAUCGGCAAAGUCAUACAAACCCAUACCUUUUUGUAAUUAAAAAAAAAAACAUUUCAUACAUUUUCUCUUUGCAAGAAUGGCUUCGAUCACUAUCUUGAUCCUAGCAAUUAUUUUGAGUUCUAGAACUUCAGGAGCCACUUCUCGUGGGGGACUCUUUGAAGCUUCUGCUGCCACGGAUAAACAUGAGCAAUGGAUGUCUCGUUUCCAUCGUGUUUACUCCGAUGAGUCUGAAAAAACAAAUAGGUUUGAGAUCUUUAAGAAGAACGUGGAGUUCGUCAAGAACUUCAACAUGAAUACAAACAUAACGUUCAAGUUGGAUGUCAACCAAUUCUCUGAUCUCACCGACGAGGAGUUUCGGGCGAGGUACAUGGGGCUAGUGGUACCGGAAGGUAUGACCAGUAUAAAUUCAGAAAAAACGUUGUCGUAUAGAUAUGAAGAUGUCAGUGAAACCGGUGAAAGCAUGGAUUGGAGAGAGGAGGGGGCUGUUACAUCCAUUAAGUACCAAGGCCAAUGUGGAAGUUGUUGGGCUUUCUCGGCCGUGGCGGCUGUGGAAGGCAUAACAAAGAUUGCUAAGGGAGAGCUCAUAUCGCUUUCAGAGCAGCAACUUGUGGAUUGCAGCAGAGACUACAACAAAGGAUGCGGCGGAGGGAUUAUGUCGAAAGCUUUCGAGUACAUAAUCAACAAUCAAGGAAUCACCACAGAAGAUAACUAUCCCUACCAGGGAUCACAACAGACAUGUGGUUCAAACACCCAAUCAUCUGAUUACCUUGCUGCUACAAUCAGCGGAUACGAAACCAUUCCAAGUAAUGACGAGGAAGCAUUGCUAAAAGCUGUGUCGCAACAGCCUGUUUCCACGGUGAUAGAUGGGUCAGGGGAUGCGUUUAAGUACUACUCAGGUGGGGUGUUUGAUGGUGAAUGCGGGACGGAGAUGAGUCAUGCGGUUGCGAUUGUUGGUUACGGGAUAAGUGAAGAAGGGACUAAGUACUGGUUGGUGAAGAACUCAUGGGGAGAAUCUUGGGGAGAGAAUGGUUACAUGAGAAUCAAGAGAGACGUUGAUGCACCAGAAGGAAUGUGUGGUUUGGCCAGACUUGCUUUCUACCCACUUGCAUGAGUCGGCUUACUCAAGAGUAACUGAGAAACCCUUAUCCAAUAAUUUUAUGAAACUAUAUUCUCAUGUUUUCGUUGCAGUCAUAUGUAUUUGGACUUAGUGUUGGUGGACGCAUUUUUUUAUGUUGGUGUGGUAUUUAUAAAGUUUGUAUGAGGAAAACAUUAUCAGUGAGUUAAGACUAUUAACACUGAUAUAGAAAACCUGAUUGGUCUAAAUUUUACAAAGUUGUUUAAGGAUAACUGCUCAAGGGAAGCUAACUGGUAAUAUCAAAUAUUUAUACUCUUUAAUUA